AUGUCCCAUCACGCCGAGCAUCUCUCUAGGGCGAAGCGGAGAAAGUUGGAUGAAGGGAGCUCCAACGACACAGUGAAUUUUACAUCGCCGGCUCAGCUCCGCGAGUUACUAGCUUUUCAACAGAAUGCCCCAGUUGCCAAGCAAGGCCUUCAAAAGUUCAAGGAGUUUUUGAUCUCCAUUGGCCAGGCAGAAAAGGAGAGUGAAAAGACCCAAAGGCUCCAUGUCUUGAAAGGCUAUUGUGACAAGCAAAUCACCCCUAGCAAAGAGGAAGAAAACUCCAUUUGUUUCCCGGACAUUAUUCAGACAUGGAGUUUUGCUGACAACAAUAAUAAUGAACCUCUCUUGACCACUAUUCCUUCAGUCCUGGCUCUUUUCCUGAAGACCAUUUCUCGCCAGCUGGAGUUCCGGGAUUUCGGGGUCGCCUUGUGCAAGCACCUACUGCAGAAGGAUCAGCUCAGACUCUUCAACCGCGGUCUAACAGCCACAAAGACCAAGGAACACUUGAUUUCGCCAUGUCUGCGUCUACUCACUGAGAUUGUGACAUACGAUGGUGGUGCUGUCGCGCGAAAGCUCUACCUGAGCCGUUACAUCACCUUCAAGCGGCUUGAUGUCUUCUUGACGCCAAACAAGUUGCAGCUCGAGGCCACGGAGAAUGACGCGUUGAAAUCUACCUUGCGACGGAACGCCGUCAAGUACCUUCUUGCCAACAUCCGGGUUCAGCAGACCUUGGAGAAAAGUGACAUUAUAGAGCAGCCAAAGCUCUCUCGUGGCCUCCUGGAGCACCUCCGGAAGGACUCGCGGGCGGAUGUUGUGGAACUUAUCAAAGCCCUCGAGAGAGACAUCGUUCAGGAUGAAUCACUAUCACGCAGGUCCAAGAGCAAAUUCUUCAACAAAUGGAAUCUUGAAAAGCUGGUGACCCUUUACGGGUACGAUCAAAACUCGGAUGAACCCAAUCCAGACGGGAUCAUCAUUGCCAACGAGAUCCACCGAGUUUUAAUGAACAUUUGCAACACAUCUGGUUCAGGCGUCUUGCUGCCGGAGACGGGCUGGUACCCGGUUGGAACGGAUCCUGAACUUUUACCCGUUGUGGACGACGAGUGCAUCGAACUUGGUCUGGACUCUCCGGCUCACGUGGAAAAGUACAGAGACUGCGUUCCUGUUCGAAAUAACUCGUUAUCUCACUUGAUUCAGUGUCUUCGUCCCGAUGCAGACAGUCUACAAAUUGAGUUGCUGGUCACCAUUUUCAAGGCUGCCCCAGAGUUGAUAGCCGAUUUCUUCUCCAAAAAGACAAUGUUCACGGCGGACCCUAAAGUUACUCCCUCGUGGAUGGCCGAGUCCGCAUUCUUGUUUUCCACAGUGCAGCUACCAGUUCCCUCCAACUGUGGCUGGAAGGACAAACUGCCUGCUUUGCCGCCUCCUGUCUCAGUGGUCAUCGAGAAUGUCCUCCCACGUCCGCUUAGCCAGAAAACGAUGACGCGGUCCCUGAACCAGAAUGCCGAGAUCAUCACAUUGUUUGCUGUUCGCAUCCUUACUCUCGCCUUCAAGAAGUUGCGUUCGGUCUUGAAGAUAUUUCGAACAGACCACGGCCAGGGUCAGCUGUUUUGGAAUCAAGCUUCUUCAAAAUUGCUAGCUGAGUUCUCCCGCCGAGUUCCAGCUGUCAAGGAUGCAGUGACACUCUUUCGCCGUACUUCCAAGGAAGAUCUGCAACAGCAGGAGGCUGUUGCAGAAUUGUUGGCAUGCUAUUAUGAGGUCAUGCCAGACAUCGCUUUGGAAGAGAACUUCGAUGUUUCCUUAGUACUUGUCGAUGUGUUGAAGCGUCUCGAGGAGCCGGACUUGAAAGAUGAUGACUCUGAGAUGCUUCUCAGUCAACUGCAAAGCGUUAUACAAAUUGCCCAACAGUCAGCAUCUAUGCGUUGGUGGCAGAAGCCAGCAUCUAUGCAAUAUUCCCCAUUCACUUCCAUUCUCAGAGUUCUCACAACGACAUCUGAUAAGGCUUUCGCCCGUCGCAUCUCGACUUUGCUCCGGUCAAUUCUUGCCGAAAAUUCUGUUCUUCAGAACUCACCACAGUCAUUCAAUGCCUUGCUUUCCAGUCUGGAAGACUCAGAAGCAGAGGCUCUUGACCAUCAAUUGACCUUCAUCGACAACUGUGUCACCCGAGUUGCAAAGAAGCCUGUCCACUAUCUUGAUCUGAUUGGAACUGGCUCGUCAAAUGAGCUCAUGACCAGUCCACUAGUCGCUGCUGUCGUUGAGCAAUGGCCUUUCGUAGUGAAAGCCAAGGAUGAGGCCGCCGAGGAAGCUCUUGCUGCAUGGAUCGCGAAGAUUCUCGCCCAUCUAAAUCAAGCUGGAGAAAACGCAGCAGCACUGAAAGCUGCUCGCGAUGCGCUUGUGGAUGCUACCGAGGCGAAGAAGAGCCGCUCUGUGAUCAAAAAGAGCUUGAGGGGCUUGGAUGAAAGCAACAGCGGUGAUUCCAUGGAUAUCGACUCUGGUCUAUCGGCCAUUCCUGCUGCAGCUGAAGAAGCCUUGGACGUUGACUUGGAGGAAAUUUUCGGCCCCCUGCCUAGCGAGGGAACCACGCAUAAUGCCUUGCAUCGUUGGGAAAGAGAGGAUAUUGAGCAGGCGGUCGAGCAGGGCCGUAUUGCAGAACUCGUAUUGUGUCUCUGUUCGAAACAUGAGGAGGUUCGGAGGCAGGCGUUCGCCAAAAUCGCUCGUUUCAUGGCGCAGCUCAAAGAAUCAACUUACGUGGAGUGGCGCACCGUGUACACAUUGGCGGGUGAGCUUCUGGAAACCGUCAAUCAGAUUGGGUUGGAGGAGCCUGUCCCUUGGAUUGUCGGUGAAUGUGCUGCCAAUUGCUUGCGUAUCCUGAUCAGCCCAUUGCACAAAGUCUACGGCAAGGUCAACAAAUUCCUGCAAAAGGCUCCCGUUUGGGAAGUGGAAAAACUCCCAUCAUAUUGGAUUGACAAAAUUCUCCUGAAUGAGCCUGAGUUGGACGAUGGCCACCUUGAUGAGAUUGACUGGCUACUCGGAAUGUUUGUGAAGGGUCUGCGGAGCCAAGCUGACAUGGAGAUCUAUCGCCGAGCCAAUGUUUUCGAACGUAUCCUCUCGCUCUACCAAUUGCCAACUUUGAACGAUACUGCGCGGCGCAAGAUUCUACACAUUAUUUACCGCGCGGCUCAAGUAGGUGGAAGUACUACGCUCAUCACUCGUGCCGGAGUCCUCAGUUGGAUUCAAAUUCAAGUGGCAGAAGCCGAAGUAAAGGAAGCUGCUCUUUUGGGGGCUUUGGCACGAACUCUUCAUGAGACCUGCAACCGCGAGCGGGUCGACACAUGGAGUGGAGGAACUGUCGAGCACGCUCUUGAAGAAAUCGCCCAUGCCAGAGCCUGA